AUGAGCGGCGGCGGCGGCGGCGGCGGCGGCCGCAUCCCCAUCCCCGCCUACAUGUGCUGGCCGCCGUCCGGUGCGCUGAGCACGGAUGACACAGCGCCCGCAUUGAUGCGACACGGGCUGGAUCCGCGGACGCUGGAUGUCUACGAGGACACGGUGCUCGACUUCAUCUACGGUUCGUGUUUGACCAGAUCGUCGCCGGCGCGCUCUCGGAACCGCCCGUGGCGCUGA